AUGGGAGAUCAGAGGCUUCAGAAAGGCGCCAUGUUUAUGGCAGGGCUGACUCUUUUGCAGUCUCUCCUUGUGGCUUUAACUGGAGCAAAGUUUGCACUUGACAGAUUUAAAAUUCCUCAGCAGAAUGCCAGUUCGUUCAUUAACAUGGUCCAUAAUCCUAUGGAACUGGCAACGUUUACUGGCAUUUUUAUUAUAAAUGCUCUAACAUGGACGUCCUGCUUCAAGAAUUAUGUGAAGGCCUUUACUGCCAUAUUUACUAAUGUUACACUAUGCUACUCCUUCAUUUUACUCCUAUAUGCAUUUACAUCUGGAGGAGAACAAGGAGAUCUUACCUUCUAUUACUGGACUAUCGUCUUCGUCUCAUUUAUUUAUGGGCUUAAUGUGGCAUGUGUAAUGAAUGUUGGAAGUGCGGAUGCCGCCCUUUUCAAUGUAGGAAUUCCUCUCUCUGGCAUUCAAGUUUCUGUCUACUACUAUGUCUUCACUAAACUUGCUGAGAGGUAUCAGUGGUCAAAUGUAAGUUACUGGAUCAUAUUCUGGCAACUUAUUAUAGCAAUAGUGAUAUCACUCGCCUCUGCCAUAGUGUGGGCAGCUGCAUAUGCCUAUAGAAAUCCUGAUGCUCCUGAAGAUGCUGAUAAUGGUUCUUCUCCUGGUCCUGCCGUUACAUCUCCAAUUUUCAUGGGAAUGGUGGGUAUGGGUGGCAUCUAUGCUUUCUAUCCUGCUAUUGCCCCUUAUAAGCUGACUGACGUUGGCACUGGUUACACUAUUGAUCUUGUUGUCUUAUUCGCUAGCGCUGUUCCUGGCAUUGCUAUUGCCAUCUUAUGCCUAUGGAAGAUUGGUCCAGACCAAAAGUGGGAUGAGAAAGGUAAUACUGGAUGGCAUUACACUUGGUUCUUAGCAUUUCCACAUAUUACUGCCAUGAUCUUGUGUUUUGUUACACUUCACUACCCUGGUAGUAGAGUGGUGAGUUCCAUAAAGAGUAGUGGUUUAAAGGUUGGGAUUAUUACCGUGACAUUAAAGUUUUGUGAAGAAGGACUCAAGGCAGUAUCAUAUGCCGGAGGUGGUGCAUAUGGAGGUACUAUUUCGGCUGUUAAUGCCUUCUUAUCCCAAGGUUUAAUGAUCGUCUUAGCCUUUACCGGAUACGGUUAUUUGAAGACUUACUCCAAGUAUGAACAUGACCGGAGUAAAUGGAAUGAGAUUAGAUGGGAUAUAUUUAAUCUCAGACUGGCCUCUUUGAGCGACAACUCACGUUUACAAUUGCUAAAGGACAGACUUGUGGAUGCUUCUGGAAAUUCUGAUGUAUUUGAUAAAAAGACUUCUUAUACCUCAGAAGAAAUGGCACUCUCGUUGUUUUCAAGACAUCGUUUAAAAAUGCGCAAAUAA